AUGGCCUGCACCUCUGUGGCGACAUUGACCAUCGGCAACUCUGUGACCUGCAUCAAAGAACAAUCAUUUAGGACCUGCACCUCCUUGCGAGAAGUGGCCAUUCCCAACUCAGUGACUCUGAUAGGGGAUUGUGCUUUCAGCCUUUGUCAAUCAUUAACCGACUUGACGAUUCCAGACUCCGUGAUUCACAUUGGAAACGAUGCCUUCAUGGGCUGCACCUCCUUGGCAACAUUGACCAUCCCCAACUCUGUGACCAGCAUCGGAGAACGGGCCUUUUCGACGUGUAUCUCCUUGCGAGAUGUGACAAUCCCGGAGUCUGUCACGACUGGGGAGGAAGCCUUUCCAGAGUCUGUGACUUUCAUAGUCAAGCCGAAGGCGUGA